CAUUCUUCUUCUUCCCGAAAGCCCCAAGCUGCCGACUCCUAUACUUGAAGAGAAACCGAUAAGAGCUUGAAGCUUUCCCCUUUCUUUUCUUGUUGGAGAAUGAAAAUUGAACCCAAAAUUCUUUCCUCCCCUCUGCAGAAUCUGGAUCUGCUCUGCUCUGCUACUUCCGGCUGCUGCUCUGCUGUGUGGGGGUGCGAAUUUCUCGGGUUUUUCUGAUUGCGUGAAUUUCCCCCUGCACUUUCCGCCGGCUCUUCCCCAACUGCAGCUCCGAUUUUGCUUGUUAAAUUUCGGUAUGUGACAGCCCUCCAACCCCGAAUUUGUCCGUUAAUUUUCUGCCUUGAAUCUUGAAUUUUCUGCCUUUGAUUUGCCCUUGUACUGUUCGGGAAUUUCUAUUGAAAUUGGGGAUGAAUUUUGACAGCAUUAAGUUAUGUUUUAAGCUUGGUGUAGGUAGAGAAAUUAGCUUAAUUAGUUGCUGUGAUUUUUGGAGAAAAAUCCCGUGAAUUAACUAGUGUUUUGGCUGAUUUUUGGAAGUGCAGUUACUGUUCAUGCGUGAUCACUGUUUACAGAUUACUGUUUACACACCGAGGGUCAACAAUUAACGGGGAUUUAAAUGAUUAGUUUGUGAUAUAAGAACGAAUUUGGAGAUAUCUGAUCAUGUGGAGAUUAAUAGAAAUAGCAUCGUUCUUGAUCAUUGGUUGCCCUAGAACUUGGAUUGAGUCCUCAGUUUAUGGAGUGAAUUUUCUAUGUUAUGCGAUUUAAGGUAAGUAAAUUUAUGAUAAUGCUCGUACAAUUUUUAAAAGCAUGUUUUGAUUUGAUUUUGAAGUGGUGGCAGGACUAAACCCGUUUUAUGCAAAAGUAAGUAUGGCUGAUUUGAAGUGAAAUUUCUAUGCUUUCAUUAAAUUGAGCAUGCCUACUUGGAAUUUAAUUGACUGUCCUGAUGAUCUGAAAGUGAUUGUGAAUUGUGAUUGUGAAUUGUGAUUUUUCUAUUAACUUCUUCCUGUUUUGUCUCCGAUGUAGUUAUGUUAUUAAUGAUCCUGCUAGUGGGGGGUUAAACGCUAGCACAUGUCGACAUGUUGAUAAAACCGGUUCGUUCAAGUGUAGCCUACCAGUGGGAGGUUUAUAACACUGGUCAUGACCUAUAGAGGAGAUGUCUAUUUCGUUUCCAUACCCAUAUCUAUUUUUCGUGAUUGCACUUGUUGGCAUGCUAUAAGUUUAAUUAAGGGCACUCCAUAUUUUACUUACUAAGUUAUCUCAUAGUUUUUCUUUGUUCACCAUUUCAGGAAGUGAAGUCAAGGACGGGGAAAAACAAGGGAGUGACGAGUUAGAGGGCUAGCUAUCUUGUAAAUUGAACAUAGAUUUUAGAUAUAAUCAUGAUCUUGUAAGUUAGACUGUAUUUGGAGAUUUUAUGAUAUUAAAGCAAAUUUAAAAUU